UACCGCCCCGCCUCUUACAGUCCCGCGCUCGCGCCGCGUGUCCAGGCAUUAUAACCUCUUUAUCUCUGUCUAUAAACUCUCCUGCACUUUGGAUAUUAACCUGAGUGCAUAAAAAGCGCGCAAGAUCCCAGCAACUGCUGUCACUCGCAGUGUUGAAGAUAAAGAACAUGGCACACAAUGGUUGUUGCGCUGACAAAGAAACGUGGGAGUCUCACAACAGGAUGCUGCAGGAACCGCUCAGCACCAACGACCCUGAGGUCUUUGAGAUCAUUAGAAAGGAGAAGAAGAGACAGACGAAUGGUUUAGAGCUCAUCGCGUCAGAGAACUUCACAAGCCGUGCUGUUUUGGAGGCCCUGGGCUCGUGCAUGAACAACAAAUAUUCAGAAGGAUAUCCUGGCCAAAGGUACUACGGUGGCACGGAGCAUGUGGAUGAACUGGAGCGUCUCUGUCAGCAAAGAGCGCUGAAGGUUUACGGUCUGGACCCGGAGAAAUGGGGCGUGAACGUGCAGCCUUAUUCUGGGUCACCAGCCAACUUCGCCGUGUACACAGCAGUAGUGGAGCCUCACGGGAGGAUCAUGGGUCUGGAUCUCCCUGAUGGUGGACACUUGACCCACGGAUUCAUGACGGAAAAGAAAAAGAUUUCCGCCACCUCGAUUUUCUUUGAGUCCAUGCCGUACAAGGUCAACCCACAGACUGGUUACAUUGAUUACGACCGACUGGAGGAAAACGCUCGUCUGUUUCACCCGAAACUCAUCAUCGCAGGUACCAGUUGCUACUCGCGUAACCUGGAUUACAGUCGCCUGCGUAAGAUCGCGGAUGAGAAUGGGGCGUACCUGCUGGCGGACAUGGCACACAUUAGUGGCCUCAUUGCAGCCGGAGUGAUCCCGUCCCCCUUCGAACACUGCGAUAUCGUUUCCACAACUACACAUAAGACCCUGAGAGGCUGCAGAGCUGGGAUCAUCUUUUACAGAAAAGGUGUGCGCAGUGUGGAUGCCAAAACAGGGAAGGAGACCCUUUAUAACCUGGAGAGUUUGAUCAACCAGGCUGUGUUUCCUGGGCUGCAGGGAGGACCUCAUAACCACGCCAUUGCAGGCGUGGCUGUCGCACUGAAGCAGGCUCUGACUCCAGAGUUCAAGGUCUAUCAGACACAAGUGCUGGCAAAUUGCAAGGCUCUGGCAGCGGCGCUGAUGGAAAAGGGUUACAAAAUCGUCACUGGAGGUUCUGAUACUCAUCUAAUCUUACUUGACCUGCGUCCAAAUGGAACCGAUGGUGGGAGGGCAGAGAAAGUGCUGGAAGCCUGUGCUAUCGCCUGUAAUAAGAAUACCUGCCCAGGUGAUAAGAGCGCCCUGCGUCCAAGUGGUCUCCGUUUCGGCUCUCCCGCUCUCACGUCACGAGGGCUAGUGGAGGAGGAUUUCCGCGUGGUUGCCGAAUAUAUUCACAAAUGCAUUCAGUUAACGGUUGAGAUCCAGACAAACAUGAAUCCCAAAGCCACAUUAAAGGAGUUCAAGGAAACAUUGGCUCAGGAUGAGAAAUAUCAAAAGAGAAUGGCAGAAAUCCGAGAAGAGGUUGAGGCUUUUGCUGGGAAAUUCCCCAUGCCGGGGUUGCCAGAGCUGUGAGCUUAAUCCUCAUCUUCUCGUUCAUGUACCUGAGCUUUAACUGCAAUAUACUGUGACGUCCAUCACACAUUAUUAUUAUUAUUAUUAUUAUAGUGUGAAAAGAUUAAUCUUGGACAUUCUCCAUUUUGCUGACCAAAUAAAAAGAAAAACUAAAUACAGUGAAAUGACUCAGGUGAUUAAAUAAAACCAAAUUAAACAGAAA